UCCAAGGGCACCCAACCGAAACUAUUUGUGAGGUAGAAAGAUCUUCACUCCAAAUGCCAGGGUGAAUACAGAAGACGAGAGAAGAAAAUGUUUCACUGCUACUACAAAAAAGAUCAAAGAAGAUCCGGGUCUAAAGACAGACAAAUCCAGCUUGCCAAUCAUUUUGCAGAAUCUGAUUUAGAUCCGAAGUUUGGUGUUACACAGGCUCAGUUGGUAAGGAGGAAGUGGGGAAGCUAAAGCAAAGUGGUUUUUUUUUUGGUUUUUUUUUUAAUCCUGCCCUGCAGUUUAUACAGCCACUACUGGAAAGGCACAACAAAGACAGGAUUUUUGGUCCUGGGACAAUUGCUGUCAGACAAUUCUUACCAGUCUUUGAUUUCUGAAAUCUAUGAAAUAAACCAACAAUCUGGAGGCCAUUCUGUGUUGGCUGAAGACCAACACCAUCUACAGGAUUUAUGUCGGUCCCUGGUAUAUGACUCUUCUGAAUUCACUCAACCACAUUGCCUUGAAGUCCUCUUCUAGUCAUACUCAUCAACCAACAUUUGACCUGCUAAGGACCUAUGAAGUUUUUUCAUGAUCACUGAUGAAGCCCACAGUAAACCUAAAGCCAGCACAUAUGCCUAAUGUUUUUAUGAUUAUGCCUGCUUUGAACCAGAUUUCCUUGAAACUUUGCACACUGCUACUCCUCUUCACAUGGAUACAGUGGGAUGUGGAUUGUUUUGGUUUCAAGAAUUGUGUCCUUUCCCCUAACAGACCUGGCCUUGCUGUUUGUAGUGGGCAUGCCAUCGUUGACCUGAAUUCUGCCAUUGCUUCUCUGCCAAAUGUGACUUAUUGGCUCAAUGCCUCCCACAACUUAGUUGAAAUGCUGAAUUCUACCACUUUUUCCCACCUUCCUGGUUUACUGGAACUGUAUCUGAAUCAUAACAACAUAUCAUACAUUGUACCCAAUGCCUUUCGAAGUCUGGAAGACCUUGAAGUUCUAGAUUUGAGUUGGAACCAACUGACUGCUAUAGGUCCUGCUUUGCUAGCCAAUCUAAAACAUCUCCAUGUAUUGCACUUGGAUAAUAACAAAAUUGCCACAGUGCAUCCGAGUUCAUUCAUGUUCCAGUUGGCUCUUCGGGAACUUAUUCUUUCCACCAAUAAACUCUCUAGUUUUCAAGAGAUUGCUAUAGGUGUAAAAAACUUGUCCCAACUUACCAUUCUGGAUCUGGGUAACAAUAGCAUCUCUGCCCCAUGUGUUGGUCCUUCCUUACUCAAUUUCCCUUUCCUGAGGAAUCUCAGUUUGAAUAGAAAUGUCAUUCACAGUCUGGACUUGUCCAAUUGUUCCUUUCCUAGCUUGCAACAAUUGGACCUAAGUAUUAAUAACAUGUCAGAACUGGAAGCUGGAUCCUUUCAAGCCACACCUGCUUUGACAGAGCUGUCUUUAGACUCGAACUUUCUAAAGGUCUCUGAGCUUAUCAACAUAUCCCUUCCUAACCUGACUAUGUUGCAUUUAUCCAGUAUGCAUCCAUCAUUAAACACAAAUUUAUCAGUGGCUUGCUCUGUCUUCCAAAGUUUUCCAUCCUUAAUUUCUCUGGACAUCAAACGUUCCAAGCUGAACAAUACUCAGUUGAAACAGUUGGGUUCUUGCACUAAUCUCACCUGGUUGACUCUGUCAACCUCACAAUUUAAGUACCUGGAAAAUAAAGCAUUCGAAACAUUUCGGAACUUAAAGUAUCUUUCUAUGGAUAAGUGCAAGAUAUUGAAACUCCGUCCUAAUACUUGGGGGAAAGGGUUACCAUUGCAAACCCUGAUCCUGAGUAGAAAUGAAAUUGAUGAAUUAGAUAGUUUUGUUUUUGCUGCUUUGAAGAAUUUAAGCUAUUUGGACUUAUCAAAGAACCGCCUGACCAAUCUACAAAAACAAUCUUUUUUUGGCAUGGCAGCAUUGCGGACACUUAUUCUUCAUACCUGCCAGAUUACAGCUGUAACCCGCGACACUUUCAUCUAUGCUCGUAAAAUGGAGUUUUUAGAUUUGCGUUUUAACAGCAUUACACUAAUCAAGGAUUAUGCCUUUUUACGCCUGCAUGUGAAGACUCUCUUGCUUUCAGGAAACAGAAUUUUGACUGUUCAGAGAUCUGCUUUUCGGAACCUCAGUUCUCUAAAAUACCUUGCCUUGGAUCAAAAUCUCAUAUAUAAGUUUUCUGAAUCAGUCUUUAAACCACUGACGCAGCUGGAAACAUUAGAUCUCAGUUAUAACCGUCUCUUUACUUACAACAAAUAUGAUACUCCAAGCCCUUUUCAGGGUCUCCACUCCCUUGUGAAACUGGAUAUUAGUUUUCAGACACCUAAAUUACCAAUCCACCCUCCAGAUAAACUUUUUCAAGGGCUGGAGAAUCUAAAGUUUCUGUCUUUGAAAGGAAACCCCAGCAGUGUGUUUUCCCACCUUUCAUUUAUCAAUUUUACCACUCUCGAAUCCCUAGACCUCUCUGAAAUCCAACCAGGGAAACGUGGCUCUUGGGAACUCCAGUCACAUUUUUUUCAAGGAUUAACUAACCUACAUAAUCUUUCGUUAAAAGAUAGUGCCAUCCCGGAUCUACCUGAAGAAAUCUUUUCUGGUUUGACCUCUUUGGAGCAGCUGGACCUAGGCAACAAUGAUUUGAAGAACUUCAGUAAAGAAACGUUUGAUCGACUUUCCUCUCUGAAGUAUUUGGAUGUUUCUGAAAAUCCACUGAUAUGCUCUUGUGAGAAUGCGUGGUUCCAAAACUGGUCAAUAUCUGUGCCAAAUGUUCAAGUGGCCUUACUGGAUAGCUAUUAUUGCUUUGGUCCUGGAAUGACUAAUCGUCUUUUUGCUGAUGAAGAUUUAUCCUUCUGCUUUGACAACUGGGAAAUGUAUUUAUUUAUUGCUACCACAGUUACCAUCCUCUUGUUCUUGCUUCUAUCUUUGAUCUAUGCCAAGUUAGGCUGGACUUUCCGAUAUGCUUUUUAUCUCCUCAGAGGUUGGGGCUAUAACCAACUGCGCCCCAAAGGACGGGACUACCAAUAUGAUGCUUACAUUUCCUGCUGUAGUCAUGACUACAAAUGGGUGAUCGAUAACAUUCUGGAAAAGCUGGAAAAACAACAUGAACCCUGCUUCCGGUUGUGUUUUGGGCCUAGAGAUUUUGCCCCUGGACAAUACUAUAUAGAUAAUGUGCAGAAUGGAAUAAGCAGAAGCCGUAAGACCUUGUGCCUGGUGAGCAGAAAUUACCUGGAGAAUGAAUGGUGUUCUUUAGAAAUUCAACUUGCCUGUUCCAAUAUCUACUAUCAUGGAUAUGACCCUUUGGUGGUAGUCUUUAAGGAAGAAAUCCCGAACUACAGGUUGUCUCCUUAUCAUCGCCUAAGGAAACUAAUUAAACAAGAGAGCUACUUGACUUGGCCUGAAGAUCCUGAGGCUGAAGAUAUAUUUUGGACCAAAUUGUGUGGGGCCUUAGGCUCUGAGAGACAACUCAAUGUCACACCGUUCACUGUAACUGAGUAACUGAAACCAGGAAGAAUGUGACUAUGAUUAUUUUUUAGCAUUAUUUUUUGUCUUAAAAUAAUUUAAAGAUAAUAGGUUGAUAGGUACUGCUGAAGAUGGAUGCCGUAUUUUCCAAGUCUGGAUGCUUAGAUUAAAUAUAUUUACAUACAUACUGUACAUACAUACAUACAUACAUACAUACAUACAUACAUACAUACCAGUAGUGGGUUUCAAAUUUUUUAACUACUGGUUCUGUGGGUGUGGCUUUGUGGGCGUGGCUUUGUGGGCGUGGCAGGGGAAGCAUUCUGUAAAAUCUCCAUUCCCUCCCCAAUCCAGGGGAAGGAUACUGCAAAAUCCCAUUUCCUCCUUUAGCAUCUGGGACUUGGGAGGCAGAGAAUAGAUGGGGGCGGGGCCAGUCAGAAUUUUUACUACCGGUUCUCCGAACUACUCAAAAUUUCCGCUACUGGUUAUCCAGAACUGGUCAGAACCUGCUGCAACCCACCUCUGAUACAUACAUAUAUACAUGUAUGCAUGCAUGUAUACACACACACACACACACACACACACACACACACACUCACAGGAUGAUUUGUGAGUUGAAUAAUUAUGGUCCCAAUUGGAGGCAAAAAUACAUUGAAGGAACAAAAUACAAAAUUUUCAUGAAUAAAAAUUGAGGUUUCUUUUAAAAAGUCUGUCAGGGAAUUGAGCAGCAGGUUUCCAAAUGAACUCAGAGACAUUGACCCGAAGUUGUAGUUUUAUAUAAAUAGAUAUAUUUAACAUUUAUAUUUACAGCAGACAAGAUAGUCAGGAACAUCAUGGGGUAAAUCAAAACAGAGUACAGAGCGCGCAGAAGAAAAAAGGUAGGGGGGGAAAGGGAAACUCCCCCUUUACAUCCACAGCAACCAAUCAUAGCCUAGAUUGCCUCAUGCAGGAGCCAGCACUCUCCAACCAAUCAACUACAAUCGUAUGCUAUGGCUCAUUGUACACUUUACUUUCCAGCUAUUAAAUUAAAUAUCCCCAAAAGUUAAUUUAUAUUCAUAAUAAUACAAUAAGAUCGUUGCUUCUCACAAGAUCAAAAUUCUGAACUACUGUUGGAUUAUAUUAAAAGAUUCCACUUUAAAUGGUCUGGUAACAUGAGUUUUAAAAGAAAUAACUCUGUAUUUUGAUUCCUGUUUCUGGUCUAUAUUUAGUCUUAGAUGUUAAAUUGAUCCUUAUAUGUUAAAUCUGGAUUAUGAUUAAAUCCAGAUUAAGUUAGUGAACAAUUGAAUCGCAUUACAUUCAAUGAAAACAAAUUACUAUGAUUUAAUUUAAGAUGCUCUGCUGUAGAGAUUUAUCUGGGCAUAAAUUCCAGAAAGAAGCAGUUGGAUUCCUUGAUAUUCUUUCAUACCAAUAUUAUACUCUUCAGUCAUUUCUUUGCAGUAGAAACAAAGAUUAAACUAAAGAAACACAUAUUAAGUAUUGUCCUAUUCCAAUCUGUAUAUUUCGUUUUCUUUAUUAUAAAUGCCCAAUGGCCUAA